ACAUCAUUCAGUCACUCUCAGUAACUGUGUGCUGCACCACAACGUUUUGUAUUACUGUACAAAUUACCUCGUACCUAUAAAUUUGUUCUAUAUCGUCAUUGGGCGAUAACUUAUCAUGUGCUGUGUGGACGUGAUACCACAUUUUAAAGUUCUCGCUAGAUAAGGACUAAAGUGAUAAUAAAUUAUUGUGUUCGGGUGGAGUAUGUACGCUGUGAGAUUCACGCUAAGGAAAACUUAAUACCGUUACAAGUUCUCGAUUGCGAUGUCGCUUUUUAAGAAAAAAGCGCCUAAGUAUACGCCGCCUCCGGUCCCACCUACUCCAGCGGAGGAAUAUCAUCAGCAGAAUGGUGCGGACAAUAAUAAUGGGACACAGAAGUCCCAACUAGUGUUCCAUUGUCAGCAGGCACACGGAAGCCCAUUAGGGCUGAUCUCAGGGUUUUCGAAUGUCAAAGAGUUGUAUGAAAAGAUAGCUGAAUGUUAUGACUUCCCUGCAGAUGACAUUCUUUUCUGCACAUUAAAUACUCAUAAAGUCGACAUGAAAAAAUUACUCGGUGGUCAAAUAGGAUUAGAAGACUUUAUUUUUGCACACAGGAAAGGACGCCCCAAAGAAAUAGAAAUUGUGAAGACAGAAGAUGCUCUUGGAUUAACAAUUACAGAUAACGGAGCAGGAUACGCAUUCAUCAAAAGAAUAAAAGAAGGUUCAAUAGUAUCGAAAAUAUCACACAUAGAGGUCGGCGACCACAUUGAGAGAUUAGACGGAGAAAAUAUGGUCGGCAAAAGACAUUAUGAAGUGGCUAAAAGGCUGAAAGACAUUCCUAGAGGAACAACUUUUAUAAUUCGUUUAGUAGAGCCGCUGAAAAGUGGUUUUGGAAGCAUCGGUCCAAAAACAAGCAGCGCGCGGUCUGGGAAAAAGCAAACAUAUGGAUCUGGAAAGGAGACUUUAAGAUUCAAAGCAAAUGGCCAAGCAACUAUUGAGGAUGAGCAUGACGAAAAAUCUAAAGCUGGUAUAGAGAAAAUAAAUGGCCUUCUAGAAUCUUUUAUGGGCAUUAAUGAUUCAGAAUUAGCAUCACAAAUGUGGGAUCUAUCCGAAGGGAAGUCGAACUCAAUGCAAUUAGCUGAUGCUAUCGAUAACAGUGAUCUCCAGGAAUUUGGAUUUACUGAUGAGUUUAUAAUUGAAUUGUGGGGAGUGAUUACCGACGCCAGAGCCGGUCGACUGAGUUAAAAACCAUUUCGUGCCUUAAAACCGCCGCGACCAGAGUAGUGAGCAUUGUAUAAGUCAUUUUAGUUUUAAAAACCUCACUAAUUUGGUCGUUAAGUGUGUACAAUAAAAAUAUUGAGAAGUAUUUUCUUAAGAUAAUAGUAAACCUAUUGUGAUAAAGAGUAGUUUUUUACAAAUUAAUAUUAUACCUAUGUUAAUUAGGUUAUUAGAGCAAAAAAAACUAUGUUUUAUCACACGAGUACACUUACUAUCACGAAGUUCGUGGUAAUCUAUAUCAAACGCCAAAUUAUUAGAAAUGUUCUCAAGAAAUAAGAAACUUGCGUUGGUGGUAGAUCGCCAACUUUCUCGACUGUACUCGGUUUUUUUUAUGAUUUAUUAUUUUUACAUUAAAAUUAUCGAUGAAGUACAUGUAAAAGAUUUUCAUGGUUUACUAUUUUUACUGAACAUAAAUAUACCAAACACUUUAUUAAGGAAAUUCAUUUCC